AUGUUGAUUGAUCACAUCUUAACCAUUCAUCUCUGUUACGUGAGUGUAACACUGGCAGAAUUCAACGUUUCAGAUGCCUACAUCGGCUGUUUCAAAUUCAUCAGCUCUAAUAAUUCGCAACCUCAUGUCGUUAGUAGCAUUAUAGAAUGUUCCAGAACUUGCACUGACCUGGGAAGCACUCACAUGAUCGCCUUAAGGAGAGGAAGAGAUUGCUUCUGCGUCGACAGAAUGGAUGCCGCUGUAGCUUCAUCCCAGUGUCACGUCCGCUGCCCAGAUGGCAGGGCGUGCGGUGCGAUGGAUACUUAUUCAGUAUACAAACAUCGGCGAAUGCUGAUACACGAUGUUGCUUAUUUUUCCACUAAAGAUUACCUACCUGUUGAGAAUAAACCGUUUACACCUGCUUCUUUAGAAACGUGUGCAUUUUAUUGCUUACAUCGCGAAUCUCCCUUUUUCUGUGUACAAGCUGUUUACGGAUUCUGCACAUGCAAAAAUUGUAUGUUCUAUGCAAAUUAUUUUCCAUUAAAGCCGGAUGUAUUUGAAUGCAAUGUGAGGUGUCCGCACGAUGAGAACGAGAUUUGCGGCUGUCACCAAAAAAGUGGCCGAGACAAUAGUGCGGUCUACCUGACUCGUUUCAAAUAUGAGUUCCAAAAGGGCACCUCUCUUUUUGCUCGCUGCCGAGAUAGGGGUUGGAUUAAUUUGGUUUUUGACAUUCCAGAGACAUGCACGUACGGAUGCAAGGAGGGAUGGAAAGACGGUAAAAGGCCAUGCAUGGAAAGAGAUUGCUCUUUCAAUAACGGAGACUGUGGAGCAUUGAAAUGCAUUGAAUCAGUGGUCAAUGGUUACUCGUACAUUGAAUGUGUCUGCCCGUAUGGCCAGGCUAGAAAUAAAAUGGAUGAGUGUGAAGUUUUUAGGCUAAACUUAGCCUUUAAAAGAAAAUCCUACCUUAGCUCAACACUCAACCAUUCACAUUAUGGACUUUUAGAUGCAAUUCAUUUAACUGACGGCAUAUACGAUGGCUUCAAAGGCGCUCAGAUCAAUGAUAACAUCGCCGCUUGGAUUGCAGUUGAACUCGAGAUGUUAUUUUGCGUUGGUUAUGUUAAAGUUUAUAAAAGAUACUGCGUGAGUCUAAAGAAGUGUGACGAAAUGAAUGGUUUUGUCGUCUCACUGAAUAAGAGGUGCUCAGAAAUCCGAGAGGGAAAUGCUACCGCCAUCAGCUGCAGUGAAUGGAACGAUACCGAGUUGGUGUCGGUAUCGGCCCCUUUCUACGGCUGCUACCAAAAAGUAGACUUCAUGGGUACAUUAGUGUGGCCAACCGAUUAUGAACAAUGCAAUGCCGAAUGCAAAUUGAAGGAUGAGUUGUCU